GAGGGGGGGGCUGAGAGACGCGGGCCACGUGACUUCCUUCCUUUUCAGGGCGCCUGCGUGGCCAGCCUCCUAGCAACCCGCGCAUCCCGCCUAACGACACCAGCGCACCGCGGUUGGCUGUCGCAGUGGCCGUGCACCUCCCGCGGGCGGUGCUGCCGGAAGCCCCUCCCGUGGCCGCGGCUUGGUGGCUGGCUGGCCGCGGCUGUCACUCCGGAGCGUUUUCCCCCGGCCGGCGCUCAGCUGGGGCGGAGGAAGAGGCGGCCUGGGCCUGCCGAGCUGUUGCAGUCUUCGCGGCUGCUAUGUCCAGGGUGCACGGUGCCCUCCGCAGCUCCGUGCAGCGCUAGAGGCGGCCGAGCGCCCGCCGACGCCGCCCAGAUCCCCGGUGCCACCGCUCCUCCGCUCCUCCACUCCUGCAGCUCCCGCUGCUCCUCCGGCGUCGCCUGCGAGGCCAGGCGGAGGAAAGAUGAAGAUGACGGUGGAUUUCGAGGAGUGCCUGAAGGACUCGCCCCGCUUCAGGGCUGCUUUGGAAGAAGUAGAGGGAGAUGUGGCGGAGCUGGAACUAAAACUCGAUAAGCUCGUGAAGCUCUGUAUCGCCAUGAUUGACACUGGCAAAGCCUUCUGUGUGGCCAAUAAACAGUUCAUGAACGGGAUCCGAGACCUAGCACAGUAUUCUAGCAAUGACGCCGUUGUCGAGACAAGUUUGACCAAGUUUUCUGACAGUCUUCAAGAAAUGAUAAAUUUUCACACAAUCCUGUUUGAUCAAACUCAGAGAUCAAUUAAGGCACAGCUUCAGAACUUUGUUAAAGAAGAUCUUAGAAAAUUCAAAGAUGCCAAGAAACAAUUCGAAAAAGUCAGCGAAGAAAAGGAAAAUGCACUAGUGAAAAACGCUCAAGUUCAGAGAAAUAAACAGCAUGAAGUGGAAGAGGCCACAAACAUCCUGACCGCCACGAGGAAGUGCUUCCGGCACAUAGCCCUUGACUAUGUCCUUCAGAUUAAUGUGCUUCAAUCAAAGAGGAGAUCAGAGAUCCUGAAAUCAAUGCUGUCCUUCAUGUAUGCACAUCUGGCCUUCUUCCACCAAGGCUAUGACCUGUUCAGUGAGCUCGGGCCCUACAUGAAAGAUCUUGGAGUGCAGUUGGAUCGACUGGUUGUGGAUGCCGCAAAGGAGAAAAGAGAGAUGGAGCAAAAACAUUCUACUAUCCAGCAGAAGGACUUCUCCAGUGACGACUCCAAGCUGGAGUAUAAUGUCGAUGCUGCGAAUGGCAUUGUCAUGGAAGGGUAUCUCUUCAAGCGAGCCAGCAACGCCUUCAAAACGUGGAACAGGAAAAAACCCGAUCACAUCAGACGCUGGUUCUCCAUACAGAACAAUCAGUUGGUUUACCAGAAAAAGUUCAAGGACAGCCCCACGGUGGUGGUGGAGGACCUCAGGCUGUGCACGGUGAAGCACUGCGAAGACAUAGAGCGGCGGUUCUGCUUCGAGGUGGUCUCUCCAACAAAAAGCUGUAUGCUCCAGGCAGAUUCUGAAAAGCUUCGCCAGGCCUGGAUUAAGGCUGUUCAGACCAGCAUUGCUACUGCCUACAGAGAGAAGGGCGAUGAAUCAGAGAAGCUGGAUAAGAAAUCAUCUCCAUCAACGGGAAGCCUAGAUUCUGGAAAUGAGUCAAAAGAGAAAUUAUUGAAAGGAGAGAGCGCCCUGCAGCGUGUGCAGUGCAUCCCUGGUAACACCAGCUGUUGUGACUGUGGGCUGGCAGACCCACGGUGGGCCAGCAUCAACUUGGGCAUUACCUUGUGCAUCGAGUGCUCUGGGAUUCAUCGGAGUCUUGGGGUUCAUUUUUCGAAAGUACGGUCUUUAACUUUAGACACUUGGGAGCCUGAGCUUUUAAAGCUUAUGUGUGAAUUGGGGAAUGAUGUUAUAAAUCGUGUUUAUGAAGCCAAGCUGGAAAAGAUGGGAGUAAAGAAGCCACAGCCGGGACAGAGACAGGAGAAAGAGGCAUAUAUCAGAGCAAAAUAUGUGGAGAGGAAAUUUGUGGAUAAAUACUCCAUGAUAUCAUCGCCUUCUGAGCAGGAGAAAAGGGUUAUUUCCAAAAGCUGCGAGGAACAGAGGCUGAGCCAAGUCAGGGCGUCUGUCCACACCGCAGUCAAAAGUAACGACAGUGGGAUCCAGCAAGGCUCCGAUGAUGGACGAGAAUCUUUACCUUCCACCGUGUCAGCCAAUAGCCUAUAUGAGCCUGAAGGAGAAAGACAAGAGUCUUCUGUGUUUCUUGACUCUAAACAUCUUAAUCCAGGACUUCAGCUUUAUAGGGCUUCAUACGAGAAAAACCUUCCUAAAAUGGCUGAGGCUUUGGCUCAUGGUGCAGAUGUGAACUGGGCUAAUUCAGAUGAGAACCAAGCAACGGCACUCAUCCAGGCUGUACUAGGGGGCUCUUUGGUGACAUGUGAGUUCCUCUUACAGAAUGGUGCUAAUGUAAACCAAAGAGACGUCCAGGGGCGGGGACCAUUGCACCACGCCACUGUCUUAGGACACACAGGGCAGGUGUGUUUAUUCCUAAAGCGAGGUGCCAAUCAACACGCCACUGAUGAAGAUGGAAAGGACCCUUUGAGCAUAGCUGUGGAAGCAGCCAAUGCUGACAUAGUAACCUUGUUACGUUUAGCAAGAAUGAACGAAGAAAUGCGGGAAUCGGAAGGACUUUAUGGACAGCCAGGUGAUGAAACUUACCAGGACAUUUUUCGUGAUUUUUCUCAAAUGGCAUCCAAUAAUCCAGAGAAACUCAAUCGUUUCCAGCAAGAUUCACAGAAGUUCUGAGCCUUUUAAAGAGGGGAAACCAUGGAAUUUGGUGAAUUACUAAUGUGUACAACCAAAAUCUUACACCUUUUUUUUUUUAACUGCUUUAAUUCUGCUUGAUUUUGGUAGACAUUGCAUUGUUUGGAGAAAAAUGGUACCCUUUCAUUUGUAUUUUUGUAAAUGAAAACAGAUCUCUCAUAGUUGGGAAAGGGAGAAAUCCACUAUAAUUUCUCUUUUAUUUAAGAAGAAAAAGACUGUUUAACGGGUGUGCUUUUAUAUAAAGUUGCAUCCAGAUCUAAGCGAUCUCCUAAGUUCUGAGACGCUUACACUGUUGGGCCCGUGCGCCUUUGCCUUGGGUAGUGCCCUGUUUCUCCCCAGGAACACUCAGUCACUAUGUCUGCAUCAAGUGGGAGCCAGUUUGCUUACCUGUGUCGAGGAUGUAUCUUUUCUACAGCUUCGCUGAUAAUUGUUGGUGGUUUAGAAAUAUGUAUGUGCGUUUCCUGGUAGCUUAGCUGUGGUACCCAUGGUAUAUGAUGUCAUUGUUAGGACUAGUGAGGAUGCCCCUCCUUUGCUCAGAGAUGCCAUUGCACGUCAGGACCUUAGCAAACACGGUGACUGUCCAGUAGACCAUGCUUUAGUCUUUAGACUUAUUUCAUCUUGUGGUGCGAAGGAGCUCAUUCUGUUUUCUUUUUCCAGUCACCGCAAGACGCCCAGCUCAGUCUUUAUUUUUGGGUUGAUUUCCUAAAACCUUGAAAGAUCAUCAGUGCAAUAAAACUGUAUUUCAGAAGUUGACUAUUGCAAAAUUGGGCUUUCACCAAAACACGGUGAUUUCAAAGAUAAUGUAGGUCAUUUUAUAUUUGGAAUUUAUCCAUUUUAAGAUAUAUAUAUAUGUAUGUAUAUUUACUAUUACUCCUGGUGAAGGAAAAAUCUCCAUGUAAAAGAAGAAAAAGCUAAUUUUUUUCUGUUUAUACUAAAAUUUACCAGCAAUAAAUUCCUUUUAUUUUUUCUACAUUUAUCUUGUUUACUAUACAACAGUAUACAUUCUUUUAAAUUGUAUCCUGUAUAUAGCUUUAGAAUUAAGUAAAAUAUGUCAUUGACUUUUGAGUUCCAAAAUUACGAGUAUGUGACACAGUUUAGUCAGAUUCCACCUCUGAUUGACACGUCUUGUCAAAGUAUGGAAUGAAUAAAUACUUGCCUUGUGGUUCAUUUCCAGCACUGUUGAUGACAUUUAAUCUUUUAGAGAUUGUAUGUAAGUAGCAUUGAUUCUCAGCUUCACAGAAACAUUUUUAAAUGUGUAUAUAUAUAUAAUUAUAGUCAAUUAAAUAAAAUAAUUAACAUUUCCCCCACAGUAUGUAGAGCCUUACUUUGAUUAAAUAUGAAAUCUGAAUCUAAGCAGAAAUCAUACUGCAAUAAAUUCUCAACACAGAUACGGUCCCCUGGCUCAGCCAAAUUGCAAGCAUGUAGUGCUUAUUUCGUAAGUCCCCACACGCUAGAGAUAAAGAUCUGCUGUGAUUUCUAUCUGAGGAAGCACAGACUUCCUCAGGAUGGAAGGAAUCUGGCCUUGUCGGUAUUUUGUUAAAGGCAAAAGUCUAAUUUUAAUUGGUGUGUGUUUAAUGUCCUAACACGUAUUCAAGGAAGAGCAGGCUAAAGAAAGGACGAGAGGGAAGAAGCCCACCUCUUCUCCUCAGUGCCCGUUCUCGGUCACUGUGGAGCUCCUGCCUCGUCUGUGGAGGUGCGGAUGGGCUUCCCUUCCAGCUGCUGGGGACAGUCCUCUGGACCUGUCUGCCUCCCUCCCUGAUGUGUGUCAGAAGUCCUUGGUGUGACAGUCAGUAGUGUCUGCUGCCCUUUAAUGGCUAGAGUGUUUUUGAAAUAAGCCUUAAAGAUUCAGGUGUGUGUGAAAUGCCUUGAAGAUCAUCGUGGUUCUGAGUAUCUUCAGAACAAGCUUCAUCUCUUCUGAUCGCAUGGAGCCUGGCAAUGCAAGAACAUGUUUUUAUGGCUCACUUAAUUUUCUCAACGUGCUGAGAAACUGAAUGACAGAAAGGGAAUGGAGUCUAGCAAGGCUUUAGAUUUAUAUCAUGAAGUAGAUUGGCUCUGAGAUGAGUUUUGCUGUGUUCACCAGUAGCUUUAUGUGGUGUGUGGUGCAGUAUUCCAUACAGUAGGAGAGAUGAAUAUCCACAAUGCCAGUCACACACUCAGGCCGCCCUUUCCGAUUGCUCUGUGUUCUCUGCAGGACAGACAUGCUGAGAAGAAUUUGAUUUUUUUUUUUUGUUUGUUUUGUUUUUUCGAGACAGGGUUUCUCUGUAGCUUUGGAGCCUGUCCUGGCACUAGCUCUUGUAGACCAGGCUGGUCUCGAACUCACAGAGAUCCGCCUGCCUCUGCCUCCCUUAUGCUGGGAUUAAAGGUGCGCGCCACUACGAGUUUGAUUCUUUAUUAUUAGCCUGUUCUCUGUUUUUCAUGCUCUCAUUAAUGGAAACAAUUGGAUUACUGCCAAAAUAAGAACAGAGGCACAAUGAAGGAUGCACAAAAUGUAGCUUUAACAUGGGCACGGAUAAAGGUGAUCGAGUAGCCAUUCCCCAGGCUUCACUGCGACACCUACUCGUUUAACAUUUCCAAGAUUUCAAGUUCAUCUUCAGUACAGUCCUUGGAAAUGAAAAGCUUCCAGCAUUACAGAGUGCCUGCCUGCCUGAUGCCGGUGUCUGCCGUGGUGCCGCGAACUUUGGUGUUUACUUCCCCCAAAGUAAUCCCAAAGGCAGUUUGUGUUUUAGCACCUCACAGGUGCAUUCUGGGGGGAACAUUAUAUGCUUAUAUUUUAGAGAAUUUAUGUUUGUGAUCAUGUUGGCAGUGUUUAAAAGUACAUUUUUCUGCAUAUUAGAUAUGAUCAUGAACCAAGUUGUUUUAUUUAAACCUAAACUUGCUACCCACUCUGAAUAAUUGGACAUUCCUAGACCACUCAUUCUCAGGUCAGCUUUCUGUGUUGCUGCAUUUUUUUUAAAUGAAAUCUUAUGUUCAUAAUAGCUUUAGUUCACAUCCUUCUUGGAUCCAGGGACGCCUCACAAAUAAAGCGAAUGGCUGAAACAAAGGGAACCUCUAAAGCCUCCCUUUGUGUACCUGUCCCCGGAGGCUGGCAGGAGGACACCUGCAGUCUUAGCCAGCCCACGAGCAGCAGCCUGGGCCCCGGGCUUCAUCCCAGCCCCCUCUUGUUUUACAGAGCUGACCCAUGGUCCGGCUCUGACAUAAGCUCCGAAAGCACAUGUGUCCUGGGAGGAUUGGCAUCGCUGUCAAGCAGCAGCUUUCCCUGAGUGUGAUAAGAGGCUCCAGAAACACAGGAGAACCUCGUCACGUUUAAAGGACUAGAUUGGAAUUUGAAAGCAUCAAAUUGUAAAAAAAAAAGUCUGCAUUUUGUACAAUAGUAAACAUUAAUAAAAAGCCAAAUAUUAUAAAGUUAAACUCACCUUUUAUUAACUUUUUGAAGUCAUAACCAUAGAAAAGACUUGGAUUCAGUCUGGCUGAGUCCUGACACCCAGAAAGAUGUUUUGUGAGCAUCUUUUUCUGUUUACAUAAAUGGGGAUCAUGUGGACAAAGGAAGAUUUAAUUAACUAGAAUUUUUCUUUGCAUUGGUCUUCUCACUAUCUUAUUUUCUAGGAUUUUCUCAUUCCCCAGCCCUGUUUUGGGCAUUAAGUUUUAACAGGGAAAGUUGCUGUGCUAUCAAGCUGUCAGCACCUUUUCAUACAAAAGGCUAAAGGGUAACUUUGGGAAAUGACAAGCUCCUCUUUAAAAAUAUCUGUUUACGUGCUUUGUGAUAUUUCUGGAUCAUUCCGGUCAUAAAGACUGAUCACAUGUACUAUUUCUUGCUGCCUGUGAAAAGGAUUUUAAGAAUGUAUAACCAACACUCCAUUAGUUUUUAUUAGUGUGUAGAUUUGUAUUUAAUUCAUGAAUGUAGUUUUUCUGUAGGUUGUCAUUGUAAAUGGAGCAAAGUACAUUAUCUUUAUAGUUAUUCUAAAAUGUACAUUAUGUAAGAAUUGUAAAUAUACUUGAUUACUUUGUAUGCUGAAAAUUUACAAUAAUAAGUCAAUAAAAAUAUCUCACUUCUGGCGCGGUCA